AUGCCACCUGAAGAUGGGAAAGAUGGAGAUGCCACUGAUAGUGGUGAGGAUAGAAGAGCAACAACAUGGAGAAAGGAGGAGCAAAUCCAGAUGAGAGCCGAGAAGAUAUGUAAUGAACUCUCUCCUCCUUCAAGCCUGCGAACUCUUUUCAUUAAACAAUUCCCGGGUCGACAAUUCCCAAACUGGAUGAUGUCGUCCUCCCUGGGCGAAUCACUCCCUAACCUGAAAUACUUGUUUCUUUUGGUGUUCCCAUCAUGCACAAAGCUCCCUCCUCUGGGCAUGCUGCCGCUGCUGAAAUCUCUUAAGAUCAUAGGAGCCAAAGCGGUCGUGACCAUUGGGCCUGAGUUUCUCGGCCACAGUUUCCCAGGAACUUGUGCAUUUCCCAAACUUGAGUAUUUGGAGAUCAACGGCAUGCCCAACUGGGAAGCAUGGUCACUAUGCGGGGUGGAGGAAGGUGGUCACAGAACACACCUGAAGCUGUUUCCCAAUCUAACGAAAUGUUGUCUCCUAGACUGUCCCAAACUGAGAGCUCUUCCGGAAGGCCUAUCCCACGCUACCAACUUGAAGGAAUUGCACAUUCGGAGAGCUCACAACUUGAGAGAAGUCACAAAGCUCCGCUUGAGUUACAAGAUGCUCGUCAGAGACAAUAAGAUGUUGAGCAGAAUAUCCAACGUUGCCAUGAAGUAUCUGAAGGUGAUGGAUUGCCCCAGUCUAGAGUACGUGGAUAAUCUCGACAAGCUGCAGCACCUGGUCUUGAUAUGUCCGGAACAUAUGGAUCAGCUUCCCCCGUGGUUAUCCCGCUUAAUUGAUCAACAGCGCCCUAAUUCUGCACAAUGUGGCUUCCGCAAACUUGAAGUGUACUGCAACACAGUGCUGCUAAGGAGCUGUCUCGAGGGCAACGAGCAUUGGAACAUCAUCCAACGGAUUCCAGAUGUCCGAAUUCGUAACUAUUUAAAGGAAGCAUACAUGCGAUACAUUAAGGAACCAUACAUGUAUGACACAAAUGUAUCUACAGAAUUAGUCUUCCUUGUAAGUCAUUUUCUUUGUUUUCUAUCCAAUAACUUAGCUAUAUAUAUAUAUAUAUAUAUAUAUAUAUAUAUAUCUGUUAGUCCUUAUGUUGACUUUCACCUUUUUCUUUGCAGGGUCAAUGAAAGGUCUUUGCGCCCACUUAUGCUUCCUUUAUAUAAUAUUUUGAGAAUAAAGGUAUUUGAUUAA